UGUUCGAGUUUUGAUUGAUUAAUAUCAUCAUGGCUGUUUCCAGCUGCGCUAGGGUUCUUUCUUGUUCUUUUGAUUGCCGCCCAGAUCCCCAUUUCACCGGCAACUUUCGCCCUGAGAUACCCUCGUUAUCUUCUAGCAAGGCCCGUUCGCUUCCUUUCCAGGGAGGAUCAUCGCCUUCGUCUCCCUUCUUUGGCUCGGGUUUGUCUUCUCUUAUCCUCAAGUUCCCUCCCAAUUUCGUCCGUCAGCUCAGCAACAAAGCUCGGAGAAAUUGCAGCAACAUCGGCGUGGCCCAAGUCGUGGCGGCUGCUUGGUCGAACAAUCCUUCUUCUGCUGUACCUGCUUCUGCUACCGCCGUCAACCCCACCACCACUGCUCCUCUCGACGAUAUCAACAUCGUCAAUGGUGCCCAGGUGGUGGCCGAUGGUGAAUGUUCUGACAGUACUAAUACUAAUGUACAGUUUAAGGGUUCGGCCGCUUUGACGGCCUCAUUUUUGCGCUCCGAUGCGAGCCUCGCUGUUCAUGCCGGUGAAAGAUUAGGGCGCGGUAUAGUUACUGAUGCAAUCACCACCCCUGUUGUCAAUACUUCUGCUUACUUCUUUCAGAAUACUGAACAGCUUAUUGAUUUCAAGGAGAAACGCCAUGAUAGUUUUGAGUAUGGGCGCUAUGGAAAUCCAACUACGGUGGUUGCUGAGGAAAAGCUGAGUGCACUUGAAGGGGCUGAAUCAACACAGUUGAUGGCAUCAGGAAUGUAUGCUAGUAUAGUUAUGAUGUUUGCAUUGGUUCCAGCUGGUGGUCAUAUCAUAACAACUACAGACUGCUACAGGAAAACAAGAAUAUUUAUUGAAACCAUACUCCCCAAAAUGGCGAUCACGGUUACCGUUAUUGACCCUGCUGAUAUGGAGUCCCUGAAAAGUACACUCGAAAAGCAUGAUGUAACUCUUUUCUUUACAGAAUCUCCAACCAAUCCAUACCUCCGAUGUGUUGACGUUGAAUUUGUUUCAAAGCUUUGCCAUAGCCAUGGUGCACUGGUCUGUGUGGAUGGAACAUUUGCCACACCUGUGAACCAGAAGGCCCUUGCCCUUGGUGCGGACAUUGUUCUGCACUCUGCAACAAAGUACAUUGGAGGUCAUAAUGAUGUUCUUGCAGGUUACGUUAGUGGUUCUGAAAAAAUAAUAUCUGAAGUUCGUAAGAUUCAUCAUAUUUUUGGUGGUGCUCUCAACCCAAAUGCCGCGUAUCUCCUUAUCCGAGGCAUGAAGACAUUGCAUCUUCGUGUACAGCAACAUAAUUCGACAGCGUUGAGGAUGGCCGAGAUUUUAGAGGCACAUCCUAAGGUGGCGCGUGUCCAUUAUCCUGGCUUGUCUAGUCACCCAGAACAUCACAUAGCCAAGAAACAAAUGACUGGUUUUGGUGGUGUUGUCAGUUUUGAGAUUGACGGAGACUUGAUGACCACUAGGAAUUUCAUUGACAACUUAAAAAUACCCUAUAACGCCCCAUCCUUUGGUGGCUGUGAGAGCAUUGUAGAUCAGCCUGCAAUCAUGUCCUACUGGGAUCUGACACAGUCGGGAAGAGCUAAGGUUGGGAUCAAGGAGAGCUUGAUAAGGUUCAGUUUUGGAAUAGAGGAUUUUGAAGACUUGAAGGCUGAUAUACUCCAUGCUCUAGAGGCCAUAUAGGGUGUGUCAACUUUCACAAGGUGUUCUGGUGGACUGCAUCUAAAUUUUCUUCUGGUGUUUUAUGACCUUUUGCUGUGUGUUGUUCCAAGUCAAAAUAAGAAUUCUUCCAUGUAAUUGCCAGCUUGGAUAAUGAUUUUAUCUUUUAGCUAUAAAAAAAAAUUGGAGCACUUCUUUUUCA